GUGCGGGCUCCGGGCCUCUGCGGUCCCCGCACACAGCCCAUGACGCCGCCGUCGUCGUGCUCCCGUCCGCACGGUCCCCGCAGGCCCCAGCCGUCGCCGCGCCCGACCUCCCCAUGGGGAACGUGCCUUCCGCCGUGAAGCACUGCCUCAGCUACCAGCAGCUGCUGCGGGAGCAUCUCUGGAUCGGGGAUCCCGAGGCAGGGGCGCUUGGCUCUGCGCAGGAAUCAGACCAAUUACCUGGACUCCCUGAGUAUGUUAAAAUAGUAGAAGUUGGACCUAGGGAUGGACUGCAGAAUGAAAGGGUUAUAUUUCCUACAGAUAUAAAAAUUGAAUUCAUCAAUCAACUUUCCCAAACUGGCUUGUCCGUAAUAGAAGUGACCAGCUUUGUGUCCUCCAAAUGGGUACCACAGAUGGCUGAUCAUGCUGAAGUGAUGAAAGGCAUCCAUUGUUAUCCUGGCUUUUGAUACCCUGUCCUUACUCCAAAUCUUCAGGGUUUUCUCCAUGCUGUUGCUGCUGGAGCCACUGAGAUAUCAGUUUUUGGUGCUGCAUCUGAAUCCUUUUGCAAGAAGAAUAUUAACUGUUCCAUUGAAGAAAGUACGGGAAAAUUUGAAGAGGUCAUUAAAUCUGCAAGCCAAAUGAAUAUUCCAGCACGAGGGUAUGUGUCUUGUGCCCUGGGCUGUCCAUAUGAGGGAAGCAUUAUGCCGCAAAAAGUGACUAAAGUAUCUAAGAGACUGUAUGGCAUGGGCCGCUAUGAGAUCUCUCUGGGAGACACAAUUGGAGUGGGAACUCCAGGAAGCAUGAAGAGAAUGCUGGAGAGGGUCAUGAAAGAAAUCCCGCCAGCUGCACUUGCUGUUCACUGUCACGAAACAUACGGACAAGCCCUGGCCAAUAUCCUUACUGCCCUGCAGAUGGGAAUUAAUGUGGUAGACUCCGUGGUGUCAGGAUUAGGCGGUUGUCCUUAUGCAAAAGGCGCUUCAGGGAACGUGGCCACCGAGGAUUUGAUAUAAAUGCUUAAUGGCCUGGGGCUCAACACAGGUGUGAAUCUCUACAAAGUGAUGGAAGCUGGCGACUUUAUUUGCAAAGCUGUGAAUAAAACUACAAACUCUAAAGUAGCACAAGCGUCUUUCCAUGCUUGA